CAUGGGGCCUGGCUAGCAUGUAGAAAAAAAGCUGUUUGCUUUAUUGCCAGUUUUAUUUUUUAUCUAUCACCAAGCAGCCAUCACCCACGAAAAUCAGGCAGGGCUGAUAAUUGUACUUCAGAGAAAGAAGGGAAAGAGUUGGUGGGGAUGAAGGUUCUUCCUACUUCUAGUAAUUCUUGCAAAGGGCCCCAUUUCUUAAAUGGGGCUGUUGGAAUCUGCCUGUGAGCUUUGGUUGGCCACAUUAACAAUGUAUUCUCCUCCGGAUCUCAGCACAGGCCAACUAGCAAGCUGCGAUAAUAGAAGUGAAACCCACCCCGUUGUAAUUCCUCCUGAGAUCCUAACCAGGAUUUAGAAAACACCCGGAUAUGCUCAAAGAACCGUCCCGGGUUUUGUACUAAACCAGGUCCUGGAAGGAACAGGACAUUCCAGUAGUUUAGUUUCUGGAAAAGAGGGCACUUACCCUCCCCCUACUCACCCACAUUAACCCCCACCAAAUUUGAGUCCCGGAUUUAAUUUAUGAGGAAGACCCUGUAAUCCAGGAUACUGACUGAGCACAGCUGGAAGGCUCAGGCUGGGGUCUGCAGUUCAGCAUCAAUGGUCCUCUGACAUGAAUAUAGAAGGGUUUUCUCUAGCAAAGCUUUCAUUUGCCUGUUUCCCGGAGUAAAUUGGGCUAUGGAACCAGGCCACCUCCUCUGGGCUCUCCUAUUCGUGCAAUCCUUGUGGCCCCAAGUGACUGAUGGUACCACUCGAGUUUACUACCUGGGCAUCCGGGAUGUGCAAUGGAACUAUGCUCCCAAGGGAAAGAAUGUCAUCACAAACCAGCCUCUGGACAAUGACACAGUGGCUUCCAGCUUCCUAAAGUCUGACAAGAACCGAAUAGGGAGAAGCUACAAGAAGACCAUCUAUAAAGAAUACAGGGAUGACUCAUACAGUGAUGAAGUGGCCAAGCCUGCCUGGUUGGGCUUCCUGGGGCCAGUGUUGCAGGCUGAGGUGGGGGAUGUCAUCCUUAUCCACCUGAAGAAUUUUGCCACUCGUCCCUAUACCAUCCACCCCCAUGGUGUUUUCUAUGAGAAAGACUCUGAAGGCUCCCUAUACCCAGAUGGCUCCUCUGGACAGCUGAAAGCUGAUGACUCUGUUCCCCCGGGGGGCAGCCAUGUCUACAACUGGACCAUUCCAGAAGGCCAUGCACCUACCAAUGCUGACCCAGCAUGCCUCACCUGGAUCUACCAUUCACAUGUAGAUGCUCCACGAGACAUUGCAACUGGCCUGAUUGGACCCCUUAUCACUUGUAAAAGAGGAGCCCUCAAUGGGAACUCCCCUCCUCGGCGGCAGGAUGUGGACCAUGAUUUCUUUCUGCUCUUCAGUGUGGUAGAUGAGAACCUUAGCUGGCAUCUUGAUGAAAAUAUUGCCACUUACUGCUCAGAUCCUGCCUUAGUGGACAAAGAAGAUGAGGCCUUUCAGGAGAGCAACAGGAUGCAUGCAAUCAAUGGCUUUGUCUUUGGGAAUUUACCAGAGCUGAACAUGUGUGCACAGAAGCGUGUGGCCUGGCAUUUGUUUGGCAUGGGCAAUGAAGUGGAUGUCCAUACAGCUUUUUUCCAUGGACAGAUACUGACCACCCGUGGACACCGCACUGAUGUUGCUCACAUCUUUCCAGCCACCUUUGUGACUGCUGAGAUGGUCCCCCAGGAGCUGGGCACCUGGUUAAUUAGCUGUCAAGUGAAUAGUCACUUUCAAGAUGGCAUGCAGGCACUCUACAAAGUCACGUCUUGCUCCACGGCCCCUCCUGUGGACCUGCUCACAGGAAAAAUUCGGCAGUACUUCAUUGAGGCCCAUGAGAUUCAAUGGGACUAUGGUCCAAUGGGGCAUGAUGGGAGUACUGGAAAGAGUUUGAGAGAGCCGGGCAGUGACUCAGACAAGUUCUUCCAGAAGAGUUCCAGCCGAAUUGGAGGCACUUACUGGAAAGUCCGAUAUGAAGCCUUCCAAGAUGAGACAUUCCAAGAGAAGGUGCAGCUGGAAGAAGAUAAGCAUCUUGGAAUCCUGGGGCCAGUGAUCCGGGCGGAGGUGGGUGACACUAUCCAGGUGGUCUUCUACAACCGUGCCUCCCAGCCAUUCAGCAUGCAGCCCCACGGGGUCUUUUAUAAGAAAGAUUAUGAGGGCACUGUGUACAAUGAUGGAUCAUCCCACCCUGGCUUGGUGGCCAAGCCCUUUGAGAAAGUAACAUACCGCUGGACAGUGCCCCCUCAUGCUGGUCCCACUGCUCAGGAUCCUGCUUGUCUCACCUGGAUGUACUUUUCUGCCAUGGAUCCCAUCAGAGAUACAAAUUCUGGCCUGGUGGGCCCCCUGCUGGUGUGCAAGGCUGGUGCUUUGGGUGCAGAUGGCAAGCAGAAAGGAGUGGAUAAAGAAUUUUUUCUCCUGUUCACUGUGUUGGAUGAGAACAAAAGCUGGUACAGCAAUGCCAAUCAAGCGGCAGCUAUGUUGGAUUCCCGACUGCUCUCAGAGGAUGUCAAGGGCUUCCAAGACUCCAAUCGGAUGCAUGCCAUUAAUGGGUUUCUGUUCUCUAACCUGCCCAGGCUGGACAUGUGCAAGGGUGACACGGUGGCCUGGCACCUGCUCAGCCUAGGUACAGAGACUGAUGUACAUGGGGUCAUGUUCGAGGGCAACACCGUACAGCUUCAGGGCAUGAGGAAGGGUGCAGCCAUGCUCUUUCCUCACACCUUUGUCAUGGCCAUCAUGCAGCCUGACAACCUUGGGACAUUUGAGAUUUACUGUCAGGCAGGCAGCCAUCGAGAAGCAGGGAUGAGGGCAAUUUAUAAUGUCUCCCAGUGUCCUGGCCGCAAAGCCACCCCUCGCCAACGCUACCAAGCUGCAAGAAUCUACUACAUCAUGGCAGAAGAGGUGGAGUGGGACUAUUGCCCUGACAGGAGCUGGGAACUAGAAUGGCACAACCAGUCUGAGAAGGACAGUUAUGGUCACAUUUUCCUGAGCAACAAGGACGGGCUCCUGGGUUCCAGAUACAAGAAAGCUGUAUUCAGGGAAUACACUGAUGGUACAUUCAGGAUCCCUCAGCCAAGGACUGGACCAGAGGAACACUUGGGAAUCUUGGGUCCACUUAUCAGAGGAGAAGUUGGUGAUAUCCUGACUGUGGUGUUCAAGAAUAAUGCCAGCCGUCCCUACUCUGUACAUGCCCACGGUGUGCUAGAAUCUAGUACUGGCUGGCCAUUGUCUGCUGAGCCUGGUGAAGUACUCACUUAUCAAUGGAACAUACCAGAGAGAUCUGGCCCUGGUCCUAAUGACUCUGCUUGUGUUUCCUGGAUCUAUUAUUCUGCAGUGGAUCCAAUCAAGGACAUGUAUAGUGGCCUGGUGGGGCCCUUGGUUAUCUGCCGAAAGGGAAUCCUGGAGUCCCAUGGAGGACGGAGAGACAUGGACCGGGAAUUUGCAUUAUUAUUUUUGAUCUUUGAUGAGAAUCAAUCUUGGUACCUGGAGGAAAAUGUGGCAACCCAUGGGCCCCAGGAGCGAGGCCAUGUUAACCUACAGGAUGAAACUUUCUUGGAGAGCAAUAAAAUGCAUGCUAUCAAUGGGAAGCUCUAUGCCAACCUCAGGGGUCUUACCAUGUAUCAAGGAGAACGAGUGGCCUGGUACAUGCUGGCCAUGGGCCAAGAUAUUGAUCUACACACUGUCCACUUUCAUGCAGAGAGCUUCCUCUAUCGGAAUGGAGAGAGCUACCGGGCAGAUGUGGUGGAUCUGUUCCCAGGGACCUUUGAGGUUGUGGAGAUGGUGGCCAGUAACCCUGGGACAUGGCUGAUGCACUGCCAUGUGACUGACCAUGUUCAUGCUGGCAUGGAGACGCUCUUCACUGUUUUGCCCCAAACAGAAUACUUAAGCACUAUCACCACCAUCAACAAAGAGAUUGAAAAAGCAAUCCCCAGAGACAUUAGUGAAGGCAAUGUGAGGAUGCUGGGCAUGCAGAUCCCCAUAAAGAAUGUUGAGAUGCUGACUUCUGUUUUGAUUGCCAUGGGUGUCAUCCUCCUGCUCAUUGCUGUGGCUCUUGGUGGUGUAGUUUGGUACCAGCAUCGGCAAAGGAAGUUACGACGCAAUAGGAGGUCCAUCCUGGAUGACAGCUUCAAGCUUCUGUCUCUAAAGCAGUAACAGCUGGAACCUGGGGAUAUCCUCAGGAAGCACAUCUGAAGCGCACUCUCAGAAGGCCAUGGACUAGCAUCUAACCCCACUGUCAAAGGGGUAUGAGUAGUGGAGAGGCAGAGAAAGGAAUCAAACUUAUCUGGGUAUUUCUUCAUUUAUUUAUUUACAUGGAAAUUAUAUGGUUUUAUUUUUUCUUCAGUUUCUUUGUUCCACUUGGGCACCUGGGGAUAAGUGACUACCCUAGUAUCCUACAUUGCAAAUUUCAAUGGCUAUAUUAUAUCACCUUCUUACACUUGGAAGGUCCGAAAAUUCCUAGGAACUGAUCCUUCUCACAAAGUAGAUACUAAGAAAAAACUUCAUUGAUCAGGUUUCUACUGCUUUCAAGCGAGUUCACUUUGAACUGAGGCCAGGUGAGCUAUGAAGAUAACUCACAUCUAAACAAAAGGCUAAGAACAUAGUCAUGUUGGGAAAUUGGGGGUAGGGUUGGAAUUGGGAAUUCAAAUUGAAUAUUGACUCUCCUUGGCAGUGAACUACUUUGGAGAAGUGGUGGAUGGGCAACUACAACCUCUGGAUUCAGAAGCUCCUUAGAGCUUCCAAGUUACUACACAGUGGCACUAACGGGAAUAUUGAGUGGCCUUUCCAUGUUUUAGGCAACAAAAUCUGUCUAUUAAAGUACUUGUUAGAACACAAAAAGACUAAAUUUUGUGACUUUGUUGGUACCUGUGGCUUCUAGGAGGUGUGACUAUGAUUGAAACAGAAAGCACGUGAGGCUGGACAGUGGAAAAGUAUAGUUUGGAUCUGUCUCUCAUUUGUGGAGCCUGCAAGUUUGUGGUUUGGAGAUGAGGAAACUGUCCCAGAGGAAACCUCAAAGUCAGAGUGAUUAGUACCAUCCUAGAGAAGGAACUAUCCCAUAGGUGACAAAAAUUUUCUGAUUGCUAAGAAAAGUUGCCAAAGGGAAAUAGAAGUCUGAGAAAAGACUUAAACAUGUCUACUGGACAAGGAGAGGUGGGCACAUUGCUGAUGGUCCCUUUUUGGUAGUCGGGAUAUGAAACAUCUGCUUGCAACUUGGAAACCUCUUUAUAAGACAGAGCCAUAUUCUUGGGUGUCUAUAGCAGUAUUCCUUUGUGACCUGCAAGUCUGAGCCUCUAUGAAACCUUGGUCAGAAAGUGUAGACAAGUGAUAGAUUAGGUAUGGGGUAAGAAGAUCCACCCCCACUGCAGUCUCCACAAUACUGUACCACCUGACAAGUGGAGAAACAGGGAGAGUAAAGAUGAUAACUGAAGUACAUAGUGUUUUACACUUUACAAAGCAUUCUAAUUCCUGACUGAAUUUGACUUAACUCAUUUCUGUAGAGUGAUAUCCCAGUUUACAUUUGAGUAAACAAAGGCUCAUAGACAUUAAGUAAUAUUAUCCAAGACCACUCAACUAGAAGUUGACCAGGGAUUUAAGUGUUCAUCUAUUUGACUGCAAAUACCUGUUUCAUUCUCCUAUGUCAUGGAAAAAUCCACUAAUCUUCAUUUUUCUUACCUGUAUUGAUUCCAACUUUUCUGUCUGCCCAGCACCCUGUCUGCCUAGUUAGCAACCCUUUCUGAUAAAAUGUAGAAACCCACAGAGCUGGUAUUUAGUUACCAUAUAAUGUUGAACAUCGGAGGAGGAAAUACAAGCCAGAGCCUAUCAUUCAUCUGUUUUAUCAUGGUCAGCAGCUUUCUGGAAAGCUUUACUGGAAAUCUCAGAAACACAGUGAGAGUAGAGGAGGUGUUUAGAUUGCUAGUUAUCUAAGUGUUAGUAUUUAAGCCAUUGCAGAAUCAAUGCAUUUAAUAUCAGCAGAACCCUUUAGGCCUGAAGUUAACAUGGAGGCUCACAAAAACCAUGUAUACUCUGGUGACUCCAAUAAAUUAAUGGUUUUCAUUUAUAUGCGACCAGAAGGCCCUUGGCUUGGUUCCAGUCUUGAAUCUGACAGACUAGGAGUGGUAGAUAGGAUGGGAUGAAUUUCUUCUUAGUACAAAAUCCUGCCUUCGGGUCAAGGAAUGAAAGUUCAAUGCCUGCAUAUUUAAGAAAGGGUUUUCUGGUAGGUUUGCUUCAUGUGGGGAUAUAAGGAAAUAUUUUGACAGUUAAGUGGCCAUCCAUACAAUUGUUCAAGCCAGAAAUUCCCAGUGCCAGCACAUAAGUGAGUCUUUGUUUUACCUCCAAAUACCUUUAGUCCAUUCAUUUGUUUCUAUCUCCAUUGCUAUCACUUCAGUUUAAAACACAACCAUUUGUUAUCUAGACUACUAUAGUAGCCUCCUGCUUACUUCCCUCACAUUCUCUCUAGCCCCUAAAAUUGAUUCUUCACAUACAAAAGUGAUGUUUCGAGAAUAUAAAUUAGGUUUUUAGUUUGGACAAAAUGUCAUAGACUUGUCUCUCCCUAUCUCUCCCCAGAAAUCAUGAAAGAAACAAUAGAAGUACCCCAAAAGGUAGAAAGAGGAAGGCAGAUUGGCUAGGGACACAGGACUGGAAGAGCAACACAGCAACUUGGCAUCUUAUGACCCUCUACCCAGAAACAGAAGAUGACUCAUGCCCAGCAUCUCCCAACUUAGCAAAAGGCAUCCCAAGAUGACAGGGGAGUCCUAGUGACAACUCCAGGUGGGUCUGAAAGUGCUGGAAAGGAAGAUUGAGAAGGAUCCUUGUUGAUAUUAAGUGGCCAGUGCAACUGCUCUUCAUUUCUGCGAGCCAGCCUCCCCACCUGCCCCUCCAAAAAGACACCAGAUAGCACCUGCCAAGGUGAACUUCAACACAGCAAGCUGUCCAAUCCAGGAAACACUCUUUGUUCCUUCAAGCUGGAGAAUACCUUUCCUUAUCCAGAGUCACCAACUGGCUACGGCAUGGAUCAAAAGGAGGCUCAGUGACACCAGAAAAACCAAACCAAACAAAAUAGCACAUCAAAGUCUCUGAAAAUUAUGCCAUCAUUAGAGCACAAAAUUAUACCAGGACCUAUGUGCUAAACCUAAACAGGGUGACUACCUGCUAAAAUAGAUUAAUUAAAUAUGCCCCAGAGUUCCAUUAUACCAA